UACACGUUUCUCGCGGAUAGACUCGGAGUGAUGACAUUCGAGAGCCGCGAGGUUAGCGCGACAGCUGCGCCUUUAAGGAGGCCACGCGCGAUGAUGUCUGGUCUUUAACGUGACCACUGCAUCGCUGUAUAGCUCCAGCUUUUCACCACGACAGAACCUAAAUGCAGUGCCUGCAGCAAAGCUAGUCCGUGGAUCCUGCUUAUUUUGCCAGAGUCGACAUGCGAUGAGCAUACCUUGCACAAGACGCGUCUGUCGGCCAGAUUACAGGAGCGUUAAGAGAGUUCAUGCUUGCUUGUAAACGUGACCGGCGCUAAUUAAUUUUAGUAUGAUUUUGUAAUUGACAAGUGCAGUUUCUUUUGGAAAUAGCUUGCGUCUGCCCUCGGGACACCCUGCAUUUACGUUCAUCUCGCGCAACGCGUAAGCAGGGAACGUGUGGCAUUCACCAGCUCGCGUCAUUAUAGACGAAUGCACGGAAUUGAAGAGAUUUCCCUCUCUGUGCACAGGCCGACGCGUUUGCGCUGUCCAGGGGGAGUCACGUCUGAUGUCACGUGGAGCGAAACGAGCGUCGCCAGACCAACCACCGGUUCCUCGCGCUGACAAACCUGCUGUAAACGCCGUCAUAAUCACAGGCUGCGCGGAAGAGGCUCGGAGCCUGGCGCACUUUCCCUGGGCGUCUAAUCUAACGACGUCCUGUUGAGGAUUACUAAAAGAAGCAACCCCGCACGAGACGUAUUUGCGUUUGGUCCUUUUGUGAUCGCGAGCUCUAGGGUUUUCCACGCACGCACGCACGCGUCCGCCGCUUGCUGCCGGAGAGCGCUCCUCCAUCGGCGCCAUGGCCGAUGAACACGCCGGGCUCGAGGCAACGCUGGGAGGCGCGUACUCGCCGGUCGACUACAUGAGCAUUACGAGCUUCCCUCGCUUGCCCGAGGAUGACGCGGUGUCCGGAGAGCACGCACUCAAGUCGAGAAAGGACGAAGAUCACGUGCUCGGCGAGCAGGACACAGAGCCGGACCUGUUCCUGAAGUCGGCACGGCUGCAGCGACUCGCCUCCUCCGCCUCGGACCUGGCAAGCCCCGACAGCUUGCCCCUGCAGGAGACCACGCAGGACCCCUUGGCUCAAGACUGCACCUGCACUCAAGACGGCCUCACGGUCAUCAUCAUGGCUUGCCUGACCUUUGCCACAGGGGUCACCGUUGCCCUCAUAAUGCAGAUCUACUUCGGAGACCCUCAGAUCUUUCACCAGGGCGCCGUGGUAACGGACGCCGACCGGUGUACGUCGCUGGGCCUGGACGUUCUGGCGGAGCAGGGCUCCAGUGUGGACGCGGCCAUCGCUGCUGCGCUCUGCCUGGGCAUCGUGCACCCCCACUCCUCCGGGAUCGGCGGUGGGGGAGUGAUGCUGGUUCAUGACAUCCGGAACAACAAGAGCCGCGUCAUCGACUUCCGCGAAACAGCGCCCUCUGGUGUCCGGGAGGAGAUGCUGCUGAAUCUGGAGCGGCAGCCAGGUGUGCUGGUGGCUGUUCCGGGCAUGCUCAGUGGCCUUCUGCAGGCACAUCAGCUCUACGGAAGAAAGCCAUGGGAAGAGGUCAUCGCUAUGGCUGCAGAGGUCGCCAGGAAAGGAUUCAACAUUACCCAUGAUCUGGCGGACGCUCUGUCCAAAAUAAAGGACCAGAAUGUUUCGGACGCAUUCCGAGAGCUCUUCCUCCCGGACGGCCACCCUCCUCCCCCUGGUCUGUUCACCACACGGCCUGACCUGGCGGCCAUUUUGGACAGAGUUGCGGCCAAUGGGAUCUCUUCAUUCUACAAAGGAAACCUGACCCAGGAAAUGGUGUCCGUGGUUCAAGCUAACGGCGGACUCUUGACUGAGGAAGACUUCACCAACUACACCACUGUCCUUGAUCAGCCCGUACAAAGCCUGUAUCAGGAUUACCAGAUAAUGACUCCUCCACCACCCCAUGCUGGGGUCGCUUUGCUCACUGCCCUCAACAUCCUGGAAGGCUACAACAUCACCAGUCAGAUGCCGAGGAACAGCACCCACCUCUGGAUGGCUGAGUCUCUUAAAAUUGCCCUGUCCCUGAUUAGUGAGCUCGGAGACCCCUUGUACAAUUCCUCUGUCUCUGAAGUUGUGGCCCAGAUGCUAAGUAAAAGCCAGGCGAGUGUAUACCAACAGACGAUCAAUAACAGCCAGGCUUCUGCGCCUGGCCAGUACCCUCCUAGCCAGUCCCUGGAGGAGGCCUCUCUGGCCAGCCAGGUCAUGGUCAUGGGCCCGGAUGACUUCAUAGUGUCUGUUAUGAGCUCUCUGAAUCAGCCCUUUGGAAGCCGCAUUGUCACUCCCUCUGGGAUUGUCCUGAACAGUCAAAUCCUGGACUUCUCCUGGCCCAAUAAGACCGGAACCUCCCUCCCACCCAACCCGCACAACAGCAUCCAGCCAGGGAAGAGGCCACUCUCCUUCCUGACGCCCACGGCCGUGAGACCCUCGCUAGGCGUCUGUGGGACCUACAUGGCCCUGGGGUCUUCCAGUGGGGACCGAGCCCUGAGUGGCAUUGCCCAGGUUUUGCUGAACGUCCUGUCAUUGCAUAGAAACCUCAGUGAGAGUCUGGCGUGUGGACGACUUCACCCACAGCUACAGCAGGACCUUCUCCUGGUGGACGCUGAGUUUCAGAAGGCAGACGUGGAUGCCCUCCUGCAGAAGGGGUAUGAGGUGGAACAGGUGGAUGUCAUAUCGCUGGUAGAGGGGACGAGGAGGACAAAUGACCUGAUCGUUGGAGUGAAGGAUCCCCGUAGCACAGAUGCCUCUGCCCUCACUAUGUCCAUAUCCAUGCCUUAACCCCGCCCCAUCUUACAUGGCCCCGCCCACCACACCAGCCCCACCCCCUGCCUUUCCUGUGAGUGGAGAAGAGAGAGGCAGGAGAAAUGGAUCAUAAUAAACCCUCACUUCUUCAUGUGUCCUUGACCUUAGGGUGGUCAGAGCAUGUCUGCUGUUACACACACACACACACACACACACACACAGAACAUGUCUGUGGGCCACACACACACACAGUGUAAUA